AUUUCUACAAACAAUUUUAAAUUGUAUUGGGACUGUGUAUUCCAAGAACAAGGCAAAUUUUGCACUCUCGAUAGAAAGGACCCUAAGUUUGGCAUCAAAGUAUCGUGCAUUAUUUCGUUCGUUAAACACAGCAUAUUUGACUUCCAUCAAGUAAACAGAUAUUUUUCCAAAUCAAAUUUAAGCAAAUCAGCUCUUGAACAAGUUUUUAAGUCAAACCUUUGAAAUAUGGAGGGUCAGGAUAUUGUUUCCCACGAUGCAUAUCGCUCCGAAAAAGAAUUGCUGAAUAUCAUAAAAAGGAAAGAAAAAUAUUCGCUCGAAGCCAAUCUGUCCAGCUCAAAAGCGCUUCUGCGCCGCCAGGUCGGAAGAAAUGGUGAUAAUUUGUAUGAUUUGCUGUUACGUUUAGUUUCAAAUUUGCUCGAUAACGCACCGUCAGACGCCGUUGAUCACUUUGAGGAGUAUUGCCGACUUGCCAAAAUCGAUUUCCUUUCUCCGGACUAUCGAUUCUUGCACCCAUCGAAACAGUUGGGAAAGAACGAUGGAACGGUGCAGAAACAGGCACUGUUGGCCAAGCAAACUUUAAGCGCAUUAGCCGAAACUGAAAACGAAAAUGUUUGCUAUAAUUCGAAGCUUCGUCUGUUCGUUCAAAAUGGCUUACAUUCGAUGGGGUUGGAUCUGCCGAAAGGAUAUGAUUACUUUAUCAGCUCCCAAAUUGUAAAAACGCUCCGCAACAAUCCAAACGCUACAUCGUGUGAAUUCUGGGGCAUCGUGAGAUCGCUGGGUGGCGCCUAUUACGUCCUCGAGGCGAAUCUUCGGGACAAAAGCGUCGAGUACUGCCAGUACCAGGGUGUGAUUGGAAAGCAUCCAGAAAUUAUAACCAACACCAUUGACAGUGUGCUCGAAAGCACGCUACAGCAAACGCGAUCAUUAAGCAUUUUGCCGCAGCUGACGGCUGAAUCUUUGGAAAAUCUGGCCCAAACGAUGGUGAAUGAACUGCUCACUAAGCUGCAGCUGGUGGAUAGAGAAAUAGAGGAGCAACACUGUCGUCUUGAUAUUGCUUCCCUGCUUACCGAACUAAUCGAACGUUUGUCAUGCAUUUCCUCCGAUGGUUCGUCUGAGGAUUCUUUCUCCACAUUGCUGACCGAUCCGUGUGCCGCUUCCCGUACAUCCGUACAGUCCACUGCUUCGAUGUUGCGCAUACGACUCGAGCGCAUACAGCUGGAAACGCGUUUGAACAACCGAAAGUAUUGGGUGUGUGAAAAUCCACGCACCAAACCGUGGCAUGAGCUACCGGACAUUAGCUUGGAGCAGCUCGAAGCUACCGAAGGGCUGCGAGUGUUUCUGCGCGGCAAUCUAGAAGCACCGGUUCCGCAUAUCGUAAAGAAAUUCCACGGGGUGGAGAAAAAUCUGCUGCGAGCACUUAUUUGUAAAAUAAGCUCGCAUCGCGAUUGUCACAUCGAUGGGUCCGAGACAAACAUCGCACUCGUCCGGUGCCUUUCGGGAGUGUAUUGUUCCGUAACCGGCUUUAGCCAGGAGUUGCUGCAGGAAAGGGCCGAACGUUGGUGGGAACGGAAGAACCAAGGCCUGCAGUACUGGCAAUCGGAAACUUGGCCUGGCCUUUGUACCUUCAACGAUGGAGAACAGUUUCGCUGCUAUUACACUGGCUGGGGGCUGGAAAAGCGAAGCAAUUGGUACUGUCCGGUUGUACGCGUACCGAAGAUGGCUAGCGAAUACGACGAUGCCCCUGUUCGGAACAGCGAGAUUUCGCAGCGCACAGAAGAAAUCAAUUUCGACGAUGCUCUUUCGAACAUAUCCUCCCGAAACUCGAACGAAUAAUUGUAAUGCAUUUGUUUAGCUGUACAAUUUGUGAAUCGAAAGCGCGGAAAUAAAUAUCCAACGACUUCAAUGGGUUUAAAAUUUCAAAGUUAUACAAA